UACGCCUUGUGAUGCGCCCCGCGUUUUGACGCGACAUGGCCUCUUCGACGACCGGCAACAUCGUAGUCGAGUGGUUGCGUUCGCUCCACCUGGGCCAAUAUUCGGAGAGUUUUAUAGACAAUGGAUAUGACGAUUUAGAAAUUUGCAAACAGGUCGGCGAACCCGAUCUAGAUGCUAUCGGUGUUCUCAAUCCAGCACAUCGACAACGGCUGCUGCACUCAGUAAGAGUUUUGAGAGAGGAGGGAGCAGCAGCCGUGUAUUUUACUCUAGAGGAAGCUGCGGCCGCUCGAGACUCUUGUAGAUGCGAGGAGGAGACCCGUAAAGAACAAGCAACAGUGUCUGUCGAACCUGCAAAAUAUGCUGAUGAAUAUGAAGAAGGGAAGGCUGAGUUGGUGAAAAUACCGCGAAUCCAGCUGAAGCGUCUGCUUCGUGAGCGCCUUGCUCAAGACGGCAUCCGUUUGAGUCUUCAGCCGUAUUCAACCACGGAUGGCGAUCGUGGGUACUUAGAGGGCUUGGCGUCGCGGUACGCGGAUCUAUUUUCCACUCACUACGGUGACGUAUUAGACCAUCUUGAAGAGCUGAGAAGACAUGAAUGGGACGAAAUGUCUCCAAGGAUGAGGGUGCUAGGUGGAACAGGAACACCACAAACUCCACCGUCGGCAAGUCCUGGAUCUUUAGCUUUGAACAAUUUGACAACAUCACAUUCUCAGCCUAUUUAUGUGCCUGGAAAAUAUUCGCCGUCAAGCUGUUUAACUGAUAAAGAAGAAGACGAAAUUUACGGAUUUGGUUACGGCGUGUUUGGGAAACAAAUGUUGCAGAGACAACAGCAGCAAAAACAGCUUCUUCUUGCCCAGCCCACACAGCCUUUGAUCCACAACCAACAACACAAUUACCAGAGUUGCCUCAGUCCAAGAUCUGCAUAUUUUUAUGAGUUUCCUCCUAGCGACAAUUGCCUUGGAACGGCGAAGAAGAAAGCAACAACGUUUUCAAGACUUUUGCGGGGAUUAAAAUCCCAUAGAAAAGAAAAGCACGGCUCCUGUUCGCCAAAACAUUCUCAUAGUCCUCGACAAACACUGCCACCACAACGGGUUGACACUCCGGACAGCGUGCUCCAAAGUGGCUUGGGUUUAGGCCCUGGACCUGAUACAGCUCUGAGGUCCAUGGUUGACCCAAGAGACUAUGACCGCCUCCGCUUCUUUCAAAUGAGUGCCGCCCAACCAAACACCUUCGAAGAAACUAUACAUAGGUUAAAAGUGCAAGAAGCUAUGAAGAAAAAAGAUAAAUUAGCGAGGGAACAGGAAGAGAUAUUACGAGACAUUAGACACGGCCUUAUGAACAUGGGACGAGAGGGGGUUCGUGGACCUUUUGGCGACGACACAUAUAUGUAUGAUGAUGAAGCCAGAGGGCUCUCCGGAAGGGGGCACUGGUAUGAUGAACCACCGUACGAGAGUGAUCCUGAAGAUUUCCUUAUGGGAAGUGGAGCGCCAGCAGCUUCGUUUCAAAAUGGACGCGUGUGUUUUACAUUAAAUCUGAGAAACGAGCCAAGAAGUGAAGGAGUUAUAUCUCUUAGAACCGCAGGCGAUAUAAGUUUAGCGAGAGCCCCACGAAGGGGAUUAAUAAUACCGCAAAGCGGCCCCUACCCAACCACUGUGAUACCAUUGAGAACAGCGAGAGAUAGGGAAAGCGGGGAUUACGCUACAUCUGAUAUCCAAUCUAUAGGCUCGCGGUUGUCUGGUAUAUCGCUAGAAUCAAGUCGAUCCGAACGGGACUAUAGAAGAGGUUAUAGGCAAAUGUCGAGCUAUCGGAUAGGAAUUGACCCCUUAUCUCCGGCGUCAUCAGAUUACGAAGAUCAAGAAAGUGAAACAGAUUCACAACAUAUAGCAACUGUACAUAAGUCAGCGGAAGAAUGUGAGGGAGUGUCAAGCUUAGCAGGCAAAGUAAGAGGUCUGCGACAAGAUGUCCAAAGAAAGAUAUCAAGAUUAAGACAAGAAAGAGGGCCAGAUGUACCCUCCGAUUGUCGAACAAGUGGCGAUCAAGCAUUCCCCUGUUCUAAUAGUUCUUUCGAAAGUCUUCCCAGCGGCUCAGGCAGUAGCACCCAGGCAUUGGUUCGUGCUGGUAGUAAUCAUUCGUCUCUCUCGGCAGAAGAAAACAUAGAAUUAAGUCCAGCGGGGCGGAGUCUACUUGUACCGCAAAUGCUGUGUCGCGCUCGAGCACUCGUGGAUUACGUCCCCAACAUUUAUGAAAAAGAUGCCUUAAGAUACAAGAAAGGAGAUAUAAUAGAAGUAAUCAACAUGAACGCAUCCGGUAUCUGGCGUGGCGUAUUAAAUAACAAAGUGGGAAAUUUCAAGUUUGCUAAUGUCGAAGUACUCUCUGAAAGAGAUACAAUUAGAUCAAGAUCAUCAAAGUGGUGUAAAAGCCGCGAAAGACUUUGGGAAACUAGGCCAAGAACUGUGGAAGAACUGUUACGAAGAAUAGAUUUGCCAGAAUAUAUGGUUGCUUUUUCAAGAAAUGGAUAUGAAGACAUCGAGCUUUUCAAAGAAAUUGAACCAUCUGAUUUAGACUAUUUGGGGAUUAUGACACCCGAUCAUCGUACACGCAUCCUCGCCGCUGUGCAACUGCUGCACCAGCUUGAAUGUGGCGAAGGUGAAGGUGAGGGCGAGGGAGGUGGCUCUAGUUCAGAAGGAGGAGAUUCACCAUUUGGACGACGUCAAUUUCCUCGUGAUUCUGGCUGUUACGAAGCCGGAGUAGGCGUCGGCGGAGUACGCGUGCGUACAUCGCCACUUGUUCAUAGAACCGACGAGCCAUCUCAUAGGCCACCAGAACCGGCACCUCAGGCAAAACGCUCUAUUCGCCGUCGACAACCCGAUGAUGCUGAAUGUGACAGAAUUGAACGGUAUCCUGGGACUAUUGGAGAAAAGGCGAACGUUCGCAGUGGAGGUCUACCAGGAGGUGCGAGAGAUGACACUUGCGAGUCCGACCAUAAAUUGAAUGUUGUAAAAUUUGUAGCUGGAGGAGAACCAUGCGCUUCAGAAAAGAGUAGUGAUUCAGGUGUUAGUAGUUCUUCUUUAAGCUCAGCCCAUCCUCAUCGUGCCUGAGCGAGGGCCGCCGCGCCUGCGCUGGUCUAGACACUGGCGCGGGCGCGAGCGCCGCAUGCGCCGUAGUCCGCAUCACCUACUACCUCGGAGCAGCCCGCUUAAAAUGAAGCUUAGCUUUGAAGCGGUGCAAGCGAGAUAGUAUUUGAAAUUAUUUGGAUGAGUAUUUAAAAAAAACAAAAAAAAAUUACAUUUAAAAAAAUGUUUUUACAUUAAUUUAAAUUUCAUAGACUUACAAUUUUUUGUAAGGUCUUACAGUUUAGUAAACAUUUUACAAUAUGACUGCCAAUUGAAUUAUUUAUCCCUUUUAUGCGGCUCUUCAAUGUUGCCAGAAUAAGAUAAAUGUAUGAAAUAUUUCAAUUAGAGAUUUUAGAGAAUAGUUAAGGUAUUAUUUGCCAAUAUAAAUGGUAAAACUCCAAUAGAUGUCCUAAACGCUAAUGACAUUUAUACUUUUAGAAAUAAGACUGAUGUUAAUAUCUGAUCAGCUUUAUUUAUUUCUUUUAAAUCCAAUUAAACUACUUACUACUAGUUCGUAAAGAUUUUCGUAUAGAUCAUUCUUAUAUUGAAAUAAAAAACGUCAUCCUCUUUUGCAUGACUAUCAAUCGGCUGAAAUAUGUAAAUGAAUAAUAACCUGCAUUUGAAUAAUUUUUAUUCAAAUUUAUAAUUAUUACUUAAAAGUUUAUAAAUAUCUUCAUUCAUUAACUUCAAAUGUAAUAAAAUCGCCUUUAUAGAAGCAUUCGUCCUCCAGCACUCUCUCAUAAAAGCUCUACAAAAAAAACUAGUCCUCCAAGUCGUAAUUUUAUAUGAUGUUUUUCUUUUUUUUUUCUUACUAAAGCUUUUUUGACAACUUUUUUACAAUUAUUAAAGCAUAUCAUGGUGAAGCCAAUUUAUAUUAUAGUUUUACUUGCUAGUUACAAAGUAUUUAUUAUCUGUUCAAAUGAACAAGAACUCGGUGAUUGCUCAUAUCGGUACAUUUCAGUUUCGAUUAUGUUUUCAUUUUAUUUCCACCCAAGUCAACGCUUAUACGAGUAUAUUAUUGUGAGAUUUAUAUGACGGGAUUUUUUUCUCUGUCAUAUGUAAAUAGACUAAAGUUUUGUCAUGUCCUUAUACAUAUGAACAGAGCGUAAAUGUAAACAUUACAUUUAAUUAUUGUAUUUUAUAAGUGUCGGCACUAAGCCACUUUAUGGUGAAUUUUUAAGCGUUUAAAGCGCAAUUUCAUAGCAAUAAUUGUAUAUAAACAUAGAUAGGUUAAUUAUUAUAUGUUGAAAAUAUGUGUAACUUUUUAAGAGAGCUUUAUGCGGUCUGCCGCAUGUACAUACAUUGUUAGUGUGUAGGUGACAUUAUUAAUUAUACGUGAAAUUUUAAAUUUCACUAGACAUUCAAUUUUAAUAUAAAAGUGAACUCCUAAUAUUUCGUAUUUUAUUAGACAAAUGUAUCAAUUCCUCCAUCAAUAUUUAUUAUAAGGAGCUUGCAAAAAAACAUUUAAAAAAAAUUAUUUAACUACCACAAUGUAACAGAAGCUGUCCGUGUUUCACUUUAAAGAUAACAUUUUGUCCUCAGACGACUUAAUCAAUAGUUAAUAAAAUACUUAAAACAUUUAGCAAAAUUUUCGAAGAUUUUAAAUCAAUUUCAUGUAUCUUGUUUCUCAUUACUUGUUACAUAAAUGCAUCUUUCGGUGUUCACUUUUGUAAAUUUUGUAAAAAAAUUAAAACAAUUUUCGAUUACGACCGGAAACUAGUCCGAAUAUAAAAUGUACAUAGUUAAUGUUUGUUACCUGUAUAUUGUAGAUAGAAUAUUAUUCUUUUGACAAUUAUUGUAUAUUUAGUGUUUCAUCCUUUAUUAAAAAAUAAUGUUAAAUCUAUUAUUUAUAGUGAAAUUAUGUUUAAAACGCUCAGGUAGAAUGUUAAAAUAUCCGAUGAAUUUGUAAGUUUGUUUUACAGUUAUAAGAAAGUGGUUACGAUACUUAAUUUGUAAAAUACAUACAUUUUAAUUUUUAUAACUUUCUACCAUACCUUGCAGGAACUGUUCUUUUUGUAGCCAUAUUUAUAUUUUUUUUAAACUGACUAAUAUGUGUAAGUUUCCCAAUUUACAAACGUGGAUUAUGAAUAAAUAAAUCCAAAAUUACUGUGUC